GAAGUUUACGAGGGAACCUGAAGGCGUCACAGUUCCACCCCUGCUGGGCUGGCAGUGAAGCUAAAAUAACCUACACCAGCAUACCGACACACAGACACACUGUAUGUACCACACACAAUCUGCCCACACCGAGCCCAGCUGGUCGGGAGCGGAGGAGAAAAGCAGAUUCAGGACUCCACCUGCGGAGGGUGACGGUGUUUUCCGACAACUCCCAGCGGCGGCGCGGUUAGCAGGACGGGCUAACGACAGUCGCUGAGGAUCACACCCUGCAGGCUUGCUGGACCGCACAGAUCCAGCUAUGUGAGCUGCUCUGAUGUGUGGAUUUGUGAAUCCAUCCAGCACCUGGUUAACGCAGCUUUCAGGCUGGUCCAGAGGGGCGCACUACAACUGUGAAGUGAACCUCCAACAGGCCUGCUGGCCUGGAUCGUAGCAUAACUCCCCCACCACCAGACUACCUCUGCUCUCCCCCCACCUUCCCCGUAGGAUUACUAUGCCUCUGGGUUUGGGAAGAAGGAAGAAGGCGUCCCCGUUAGUCGAGAACGAGGAAGCCGAGCCUAUCCGUGGAGGUCUCAAUGUGGCGGGUAUGGACGGCCUCGAUGGAGGUGUCAUCGGUUUGGGAGAAGGCGCCACCUCUGAAGGUCUGCCUCCUCCACCCAGCAGCAUGCGACCUCGCCUCAUCUUCCACACUCAGCUCGCUCACGGCAGCCCCACCGGACGCAUCGAGGGCUUCAGUAACGUGCGGGAGCUCUAUGCCAAGAUCGGCGAGGCCUUUGGGAUACCUCCAUCUGAGGUUAUGUUUUGCACACUGAACACUCACAAAGUGGACAUGGAUAAACUGUUGGGAGGUCAGAUUGGACUAGAGGACUUUAUUUUUGCCCACAUAAAAGGACAGCGGAAGGAAAUCGAGGUGUACAAAGGAGAGGACGCACUGGGGUUGACGAUCACUGAUAAUGGAGCUGGCUACGCUUUCAUCAAGAGAAUCCGCGAGGGGAGCGUCAUCCAUCAGAUUCAGGUCAUCAACGUGGGAGACAUGAUCGAGUCGAUCAACGGCCAUCGCCUGAUCGGGUGUCGACACUAUGAGGUGGCCAAGAUGCUGAAGGAGCUGCCCAAGGGGAAGGAGUUCACCAUCAAGCUGGUGGAGCCUCUCAAAGCCUUUGAUAUGAUCGGCCAGCGGUCUGGAGGGUCCAGGUCGGCGUCAGGAGUUCAGCUGGGGACCGGAAGAGGAACUCUGCGGCUGCGCUCGAAAGGCCCCGCUACCGUGGAAGAACUGCCCUCUGCAUUUGAGGAAAAGGCCAUUGAGAAGGUGGAUGACCUGCUUGAGAGCUACAUGGGAAUCAGAGACAGCGAGCUGGCGGCCACCAUGGUGGAGCUGGGAAAGGACAAAAAGAACCCUGAUGAGUUCGCGGAGGCUUUAGAUGAAACCCUGGGAGACUUCGCCUUCCCGGAUGAGUUUGUUUUCGACGUCUGGGGUGCCAUCGGUGAUGCAAAGGUUGGCCGGGUGUAAACUGCAGAAACUAAAAGGAGUGGAACAACCCGAGAAAGAGAGAGAGAGAGAGACACCCACAACAUUCAGCACUACUAGGAAACACAACACUACCGUCAUGAGUUUGUUUUUAUUCCUGUGUAUACUCUUACCAUUUUUAAUUUCGAGUGUACCCUUUUUGGGGAGACUCUGCCUAGACAAAGAGCGUCAUGCCACUUUAACGGGAGAAGAAGACUGUGGUGACUUCCCAAGUGCUUUUUUAUUUGUCUUCCGGCUUUUUUUUUCCCCCCCAGAAACUGCUGAUGAGCACGCUGAUGAGCAUUCCCUUCGACCGCAUCACGUGACCCUGCAUGUCGUUGUUGUAGCUGCUGGCAGUGGAAUAAGUACACCACACGUCUCUGAUAUGGGAGAAAUGAAAGACAACAGCUAACACACACACACACAAAAAAAAACAAAAAAAAAAUGUGAUUUAUCUUUUGUUUUUUUUCCACACUGCACUGUGUUGCACUGCGCUGUAGACCAACAGAGAUUGCACUGUACCUCACCUGGUGAGCGGCACAGUUAUUGCACAGUACAAAGCAUCCCUGAUUCAGUGUCAUCCUGAACCGCUCGAUGUUACUGUUACGGAUCCGUUUUUUUUUUGUUUUGUUUUUUUUACAAGCAUGUUCUGUUACAUUUUUAUCUUCACGAUGAAUUCUGCUGGUUUUAUGUUCUUUUAUUUUGGUAAACAGAGAGAAAAAAAAGGAUCAUAGUGAAGCGUAGCUUGUUGACUAAAAGACCAGCGGUGUUACCGUUAACACACUCCAUGCUGUAAUGAAGUUAACCACAGCUCAUUGCACUCUCUUCAAACAUUCGACAGGAAAAAAAUCAGUGUUAAUUUUACUUUUUAUUGAAAGCGGAGUGGUUUCCAGGUUUGUGGAUUGUGUUGACUCGUUUUUUUUUUUUUUUUUUUAUAGCUAGUGUUUUUUAUAUAAAGUGAUGUGACGUCUAUUUUAAAACAAGAUUUGUGUAACAGGUGAAGAAUUUUAAUCUUGUGUAGCAAACUACAUCUUUGUUUUUUGAAGUAUUACACGAAAGCAGUAUUGAAGAGGAGAAAGUCAUGAGGUGAAGUAGAAGAAGUAAAAGAAAAGUUGCCUUUUAUUUCUUCACGCAUUUUAUUUUUUUCUUAAGUUUUACUUUUGUUAGAAGGCUGCAUUCUGGCGCAUGGUGCUGAAAAAUCAUUUUCAUCGGAGCGGAAUGAUACCAAACUACUUCCAUCACGCGUCGCGGUGACUUGUGUUGUUCACGCAGAGGAAAAAGAGGCAACGCUGCACCAACUGCUUGGCAUAGGUCAACACACGCCUGAAGAAAACAUUUAGGUGUUAACCUUUUUUCAGUAUAUCCAAAUGUAUGAAGCUGUUUUGUAGUUUUGUUUGACUCCUUCAGAGUUAAUGAAUAUCUAAAUGGGUUAUGUAACGGAACUGAUGCUAGAACACUGUAACACUGAGAAGAACACAUUAUUUUGAUGGCUUUCUAUUACACUGUUGUCAUUGUCCAAUUAUAAUGCAAUAAUAACAUCGACAUGGCA